AUGAAUCUCGCCGCGGCAGUGGGCCUGCUGGCCUGCACGCUGGUUGUGGCUGCCUCCGCAGGCACCCUGCCCCUGGUGCCCACGUACACGUGCGACCCCGCCGCCUGCAAGCCCUCCGAGAACUGCCAGUGUGCAACCUACGUGUCGCCGCUGCCACAGGAGGAGAUGCCGCAGUUUGUCCUCUACACGCACGACGAUGCCAUCAUGCCGGAGAUCACCGACGCCAUAAAGGAGACGGUGGGGGACCGCACGAACCCCAACGGAUGCACCAUCCCGCUCACCUGGUUCACCAUCAAGUAUGGCACCGAGCCGAACUGCAACCUGGUGAAGCAGCUGUGGCGGGAGGGGCACGAGAUUGCGCUGCACACGCGCGACCACGUGCGCCUGGACGCCCCACUCACAAACGAGCAGAAGGACCAGAUGAAGAGCGUCAAGUCGUGGCUGAACGAGACGUGCGGCAUCCCGCUGGAGCACAUGGUGGGCAUGCGGGACCCCUUCCUGGUCAACAACCCCGACACGCGUGAGGUCCAGCACGAGAUGGGCCUGCUCUACGACUCCACCAUCAACGAGCACUGGACCAACGACGGCCUGUGGCCCACCUCCGCCAACGGCUCCGCCCGCCUGCUGCCCUACACCAUGGACUCGGGCAUCCCCCAGAUCUGCAACGCGGUCAUGGACGGCGUGUGCGAGCAGUCGGAGCGCUACCCGGGCCUGUGGGAGGUGCCUGUGUGGGUGCUGCAGACCUCCAAGUAUCCCAUGGACGCCUAUGCCAUGGACCCGGGCGGCGACGUGUACGCCCUGCUCAAGGUCAACUUUGACGCGGAAAAGAUGUACGAGGGCCAGCCCCGGGGGUUCCCCUUUGGGGAUUUCGACCUGGCGGAUGUCAUGCUGCCGGAGGAUGACGACAUGGACAUACCUAGCGGGUCGGACGAGGAGCAGGAGGAGGAUCUGCAGACCGAGUCGGGUUUCAGCAAUGUGUUGGUGGUGGACAACCUGCCCGCUGUGCCUGCUGAGAAGUACGACAAGCUGACCGCUAUCCUGACCAAGAUCUUUGGCGGCAGCGGGCGCAUCCGCGAGGGCGGCCUGUUCCACCCGCAGGACGAGGCCACCAAGCGCAGCAAGGGCUAUGCUUUUGUGGAGUAUGAGAACGCGGAGCAGGCGCGGGCCGCGCAGUUUGUGGCUCACAUAUGGGAGGUGCGCACCGGGCGGCGGCUGCGCACGUUUGACGGACCGCAGGAGGAGUAUGCGGUGGGGGCGCUGGCGCGGCCAGACGGCGGCAUGAAGUGGCCGGCCUUCCGGUGGGGCGGCGGCGGCGGCGGCGCGCCCACCUACCUCGCACACAUGAAGCGAAAUGCCAUCAGCGUGUACGAGGCCCCCGAGAUGGGCAUGCUGGACAAGCGGUCGGUGAAGAUGGAGGAUGUGCAGGACUGGGAAUGGUCCCCCUCCACCUCCGAGGCCGCGCUGUGCGCCUACCAGGCGGAGCAGGGCAACCUGCCCGCACGCGUCGUCAUCAUGCGCCUCCCCGAGAGGGAGGAGCUGCGCCAGAAGAACCUGUUCUCGGUGGCGGGCAUCAAGCUGACGUGGCACCCUCAGGGCGACUACCUGGCUGUGCAGGUGGACAAGUGGACCAAGACCAAGAAGAGCACCAACACCAACUUCGAGCUCUUCUCCAUGCGCGAGAAGGACAUCCCCAUCGACAUGCUGGAGCUGCCCAACAAGGGGGAGAAGAUCCUGCAGUUUGCCUGGGAGCCGCGCGGCAGCCGCUUCGCCCUGCUGCACGGAGACGGCGGCCGGCCCUCGGCGCCGCUGCCGCUGCGCCAGCAGUCCCUGCUGAUUUUGGCGGCGUGCCCUCCACCCUUCAAGACGCCGCACGACCGCUUUUUCCAGCUGAUCUGGCGCCCGCGCCCGCCCAGCCAGCUGCCCGAGGAGCGGCAGCGCGAGAUUGUGAAGAACCUGCGCAAGUACAGCAAGCGGUACGAGGAGGAGGACGAGGCGCUGCUGGCGCAGGCCGACACCGAGUUUGUGGGGGAGCGCGAGCGCCAGCUGACCGAGUGGCGCUCCUGGCUGGCCAGCAAGCAGGCGUAUGCGCAGGAGCGGGAGCAGUUUGCGCGGGCGCAGCUGGGGGAGAGGGCUGCGGCGCACGACCGCUUCACGGUCAAGGCUGUUGAGGUGAGCGUGGUGCUGGAUGUGAAGGAGGAGAAGAUGGCGGCGUGA